GAACUCGGAGUCUAACGGCUCCGGUGGCCACUUCGAGGCGCCGGGCCUCUUUGAGAAGUGCACUAUCCAUCCCCUCCCCCUUCGCCUCCUUUCCACACUCACGGAACCUACAACCAGACACACUUCCGCCGCACAUCCUCUCCAACCCGGAACGAUUAGAGCGGAGGACUCGGGGAGGUCGUCUGAAGGCUGUGUACAAGAUGGCGGUGGCACUGGCGGUUCCUCGUCUGGCCCGUUAUGGAUUAUUUAGUUUUCGACCCAGCACAGCCCUCCAGGUUCAACUGAUCCAUCAGAGUUCGGUGACAGAUGCAAGCAGCCCUGUUCCAGAAGGAAAGAAGAGUAGGGCAGUAGUCUCUAAAUCCUCCUCACUUCCAAGCAGCAAGGGGGAGUAUGUGAUCACCAAACUAGAUGACCUGAUCAACUGGGCCCGGCGGAGUUCCUUGUGGCCUAUGACCUUCGGCUUGGCGUGCUGUGCUGUGGAGAUGAUGCACAUGGCGGCUCCCCGCUAUGACAUGGACCGGUUUGGGGUGGUGUUCCGGGCCAGCCCCCGGCAGUCAGAUGUGAUGAUUGUAGCUGGCACCCUCACCAACAAAAUGGCCCCGGCUCUCCGAAAGGUGUAUGACCAGAUGCCAGAGCCUCGCUAUGUAGUCUCCAUGGGAAGUUGUGCUAAUGGCGGAGGAUAUUACCAUUACUCCUAUUCCGUAGUGAGAGGCUGUGACCGCAUUGUGCCCGUGGAUAUCUAUGUCCCAGGCUGCCCGCCCACGGCUGAAGCGCUGCUCUAUGGGAUCCUGCAGCUCCAGAAGAAGAUCAAACGGGAGAAGAGGCUCAAGGUGUGGUACCGGCGGUGAUGACGGCCCCUCGGGCAGGCAGCAGGGACGGGCCCCUGUUUGUGACCUCCUGCCAUGUGAAUGUCAAUAAAAUACCCAGAUAAUAGACGCUUUGUCUGUGCUUGGUAGUGACAGAGAUACCCAGGGCAGCCUGGUGUGGGGAAUGGACAGGACCCUGGAUUGGCAGUCAGGGCUUGUGCUCAGUUCCACAGGGCCUCAGUUUUCCCAUCUUGUCAAGUUAGUGUUGACCUUAGAGCUCUUUGUCCCAUGUUUGUGUACCAAAAGCACACAGUGGGUCUUAGGCUGGAUAGGACUAAAGGCAAGACCAGGAGGUCAAUUUCUUGGGACUGGAUCAAUAGCUGAUCCAUUUCUGGGCAGGCAGGGUACCAGUGCAACCUGGGAGACUGACUGAGGGAGGGGGAUACCCAAGGCAUCCUCACUGGUGGAGGUCAUCGCCAUUCACUACCCUAAGCACGGGUCCUCCGGGGGAAAACCCAGGCCCUCAUCCUGCCAGACAGAGGAGGACCACUGCUGGUCAAGGUGCACCUUACUAAAGGAUGUGUGGAUGACAUUUUUGUCAAUCAGAUCUUCCUAAUAUAUAUUAAGAUGGCUCAUUUUCAAGGAAUAUUGGCGAGUCCCUUUGUAAAGUGGAGAAUCCUCUGUGACUUUGAUAUAGUAGAUACUCAUUCAAUAAAUGCUUCUUGGUGAUAAUGA